AUGGGGGAUAAUAUAUUGGAUAAAAAGGUUAAUCUGUUUGGAGGGAAAGGAAUUUUCACCAAGGAGUUGGAUGAACAGUUAAUACAAAAGAAUGUCCACAUUUGUGUGCAUUCUUUGAAGGAUGUUCCGAUGGAAUUGCCAGAACAAGUACAGCUGUCCUGCUUCCUAAAGAGGGAUACAAUAAAUGACGCCUUCUUAUCAGUAAGGUAUGCCACCCUGGAAGAUAUGAACAAUCUGAAGAUGGCAAAUACAGUGGAAGAGGAAUGUUAUGAGGUCCAGGGGACAAGCCAAAAAAUGAAUAACCAAGAUGUGAACAGAGACAACUACGGAAGUGAUCAGUACGGGAAGUUUUUACCAACCAUUGGGACGUCCUCCUUGAGAAGGUCCAGCCAAAUUAAAUACACAUAUAAAAACGUAGCAGUAAAAAAUGUGCGGGGAAACAUUAACACAAGAAUUGCUAAACUGUGUAAUGGGCAGUAUGAUGCGAUAAUCAUUGCAAAAUGUGGACUGGAAAGAUUAGCAACCAAAAAGGCGAUCAGAAAUAUAAUUGGGAGCAAAAAUAAAGUGCCCCACCAAAAGUUCCUAAUUAAUUACAACAACAUGGAGAUCAAUUUGAGCCUUUUACACAUCCAGCAAAUAAACAGGAGAACCAUCUAUCCCGCUUUGUGCCAGGGAAUUAUUGCUGUGUCAUCUCACAAAAAUGAUGCGUUCAUUUCUGAUAUACUGAAAAAUAUAAACGAUGAGAAGGCGCAACUUAUGGCCAAGGUAGAGAGGUCUUUUUUGUAUCAAAUCGAAGGGAACUGCAUGAUGCCCAUCGGGGGGUACGCAAAAAUUGUAAAUGGGGAAAUUGUCUUCAAUGCGGUGAUUAAUGAUAUCCAUGGGAAUGAGAAAUAUCACGUUCGCGAAUGUGGGACGGUGGAGAACUGCAAUCAAAUUGCAACAACGGCUGCCACAAAAAUGAAGGAAAAAAUCGGGACGCACAGAUUUAACAAGAUCAGGGAAGAGGCAGCCCAAUACUAUGCGUAA